CAUUUUCGGGCAGACGGGUCUUUCUGGAGGAGGUUUCCUGUGAGAAACCACACAGUCACACUUCCUCUUUCACUUUGAUCAUAUAAAGUCUGCUGCUGCUGAGUUCAGAGUUAUUCAGCAGAAAGUAACAGAGUUCCUUAUCUCUGAACUUUGACAUGCAGCAUACCACUCUUAGAGCGUAACAGAAAGAAACAAAGAACAAAGGAACAGAGCAGCCAGUAAAUUGCAUAAGAGAAGCUUCGUUUUGACCAAGAGAAGCUAAACGCUCUGGUGAUAAUCUAUAAUCGGUCCUGUGUGGAGCUCUGAUGGCGGCGAUGGUCGACUCUGUGUUUGUUACUGUGAUUCUCGUCUUGUGUGCUCUGGGAGGACAAACACUGGAGCUGCUGAGGGUGACGGCAACAUCAGGAAAUCCUCCCUCGACUCCCAUGGUGCAUUGCAGGUGUGCGAGCUACCCCAACGUGACCCUCUGCUCCUGGCCCGAACCCCCCCACUCCCCCCCAACACGCUACAUCGCCACCUACAGUGAGAGACACAGACAGACGGUGACUGAGGAAUGUCGAGUCAUCGAAGCCGGAUCUGAGUCUUCUGAUCCUUCUGCAGCAUCGACACCUUCAUCUGAACAGCUGUGGCACUGUGUCCUUCCCAACCUGAAGCUCCUCACCGACUACAUCCUGAACAUCACGGCGGUUUAUUCUGGAGGCAGCAGCUCUCAUCUCUCCAGCUUCAUGCUGGAGGAGAUCGUGAAACCAGAUCCUCCUGUGGAUGUUCGGGUUUCCCCUCAUGAGACCAGAAACCUGCUGCUGAGGUGGUCUCCUCCCCCGACCUGGGCUAAUCUAGACAUCUUCCCCCUAAAAUACCAGGUCCUGUACCAGUGGGACCACCGGGGCACCACCAAGUCUGCCACUCUGGGUCCGUUUGAGAGCACCUUUGCUGAGCUGAAGGGUCUGAGCCCCGGGAGGAGCUACCUGUUCCAGGUGUGUGCCAAGGAGCUGCUGGGUCUGGGGGAGUGCAGCGACUGGAGCUCACCUGUAAAGAUCACCGUUCCAAAAACUAAACCAUAGACACUUCCUGUUUUAUUUAGACAGGUCACGUCUUUGAACUGCACAAGCAAUGCAAGCACCAGCUGUUUAUUUAUUUAUAAAGGUAAUAUAUAUUAUAUGUACAGUGUACAAUCUGGAUUUCCAUUAAACAUUUUAAUAUAUAUUUAAUUUGAAAUACUGUCGGUUGAGUUGUUUGUCUUUGGAGUAACCGAGAAUAUAGAAACCAAACUGUAAGACGUUUAAUGUGACUGAUGGUGGUGUG